AUGUCGCAGGACGCAGAUGAUGACGCCACGGAAUUCUCAGGUUGCGUGUGCCUGCGACGCCACGGCCUUUGCAGCUGCCGCGACGAUGCGCAGUGGCUCCGCUCCAAACGAGGGCAGAUGACGAAGUAUACCCCGCCACAUGCCAGGCGUGCGGUGCUGCAACCCGCGUCCGCGGUGGCCUCCGGGUCCGCUGGGUCGGCGGAGAAUGUGGUCUGCCGCUGCCUGCGGCGCCACGGGCGCUGCACCUGUCAGGCAGAUGACCGGUGGCUGCAGCGCAAGCGGAAAACCGUGGAGCCCUAUGUGCCACCGCACCUGAAGGAACGGCAGCGCGAGCUGGAGACCAAGCGUCAGGAGAUCGCCCAGCGCGCCGAGGAGGCCGACCCCAGAGGCCUGGCGCCCAACAUUCGGACGCUGGCGAGGCAAUGGGAGCCCCAGUUGGAGAAGGGCGGCUUUGGCUUCAAUCCACUGCAAGCCGAGGGGAAGAUCCUCUGCGAUGAUCUGGGGCUGGAGGCGGAAUGUACAGAACAAGCCUUCACGAGCCAGGGGGUUAAGGCCCUGCCCCUGGUGCAGUCUGGAAACUACCACUUUGAGGUGGAGCUGCUGCGGCCUUGCCAACUUACGGUGGGCUGGAGUUCGGCCAUGUCGCACGCCAGCUCUUGGGACUCGCAGGCGGUUGGCUAUUCCUCCACAGCGCAAGCGGUGCACAACAACGAGGCUCUCGAGUAUGGACUUCCCUUUGGUCGCAAGGGUGAUGUGAUUGGAGCACUGUUGGAGUGGAAGGCGGUUGGUGUGGCGUGCGUGUCCUUCAUGCUGAAUGGCCAGGACUUAGGCGAGGCGUAUGAGUUGACUGAGGCUGUGCCGAUGCAGCCACAGGUCAUGCAAGCUCCGACAGGUCUUCCACUCUGCUUGCGGCUUCGAAAGGUCUUGGCCUUUCCCAAGGUGGGCUUCCGAGCGUUGGUGGAGGCACUGGGCACACCGGACCUGUGCCCUUUCAGCCGGGCCGUGGCGCAGGCGACCACGGAGCGGGCCAGUGCGCUGAUCACGGAGGAGCAGCUGCAGACGUUCAUGGUGCCCGAUGCGCAUGUGGUGGAGUUGUACGACCUGUGCCACGGAGCGCGUGGUUUCAAUGGCUCCAGGUUGGAACAACGAAUUGCUGCGGCCUUGGACCUCCAGAGGCCCGCACAGAACUUGGCCCUCCGACAGACGGAGGAGAGCUGCGUACUAGUGGCGUUGCGGAGGGCCUCCCAUGCGGAGCGCUUGAUCAAAGGCGCCGCCGGGCUGGCGGCGCGCGGCUUGCAUCAAGCCACCGCAGCUUCGCGGCAAAGGCUCCACGAAUGGCGUGCAGAAAGUGGUGGCCCCCAGAGGCUCCAGGCGCCCGGCAACCUGGGACGCCUGGGCCCCGCGCGACGGCUGAUCCAUGGCAGUUUGCAGACGGCCAUGCCCUUGGCACAUCUGGUGGAGGAGAAGAAUGCCAAGCGCUUGAAGCGCGGCUAA